AGGCUCACCGCGUAGCGACUGCCCGGCAGUCUAGCAACCGCUAUCGAAAUCCGACGACGAGCCGCUACAGCAGCCGACCGACACUCGCGCGGUGCCCACGCGCGUCGACAUUACCGGCAGCACGUACCUGUACUACAAUUUCGACUGUCGUAAUUAGCCGCGAUCGUUUUCGUCGUACAUCGUUUCCGAUAUCGCCGUCGCUGUAUUCGUAUAUUCCAUAGGGCCGCCGUCCAGCCGUUUUCCAUCGGAUAUCCGUUAGGAAACGUACCGCAGGAGUUGACCGCGUGCGCGCACGGUCAUGUCCGCGGUCUGUCGUCUGCUGCACGUAAACGGCUGCGGCGGCGGCGGCGGCGACGUCGGAACGAUCGUCCGAGAUCAUCUCCGUCAUCAUAGUCAUCACCACCACUGCACCAGCCGCAGUCGACAGAACGUCGGCGGAGGCUCGUAGACAUCAACGAGACCCACGUCGAAGAUGGUGACGGCCCGUUGUACCCGCGGUCUCACCGCCGGAACUAGCGCCGCUACCGACUGCAGCGACGGAUUUGGCCACUCCGCGGACGACAAGCGGAUAUCGCGGACGACCGCGACCACCGACGUCGCCUGUCACUGCUUGGCUUGUUGCUACGUGACCGCGGCCGUUACGGUGGCCCCGCAACCGGCGGUGGCAGUGGCCACCAGAAGAAACAGCGGCAAGGCGCCCGCGGACGAAUCGCCUGGUUGCGAACCGCCGUCCGAGGCCGCUGCGUUUGUCGCCUCCGCUUCCGCGGCCGCGUUCGUCUUGUUGGCCGCUCUGUUGGCCGUAGUGCUGUCGUCGGCCGCACUCUUGACCGUCGCGUCCAUGGUGCCGAUGGCCGACGCGGCCGCGCGCGAACUCCGCGGUCCGCAAGCCGCCGACUACAUCCACCUGUGGCACCAGCAACAGCAGCACAAGCAGCAGCCGGCCGGACAGAGGCUGUACGACGACGACGCGUCGAGACAGAAGAGGCAGCUGUUCAACAAGAACGCGAACCGCGAACCCGGAGUUGUGGCGCUGACGUUUUCGCUCAUCGGCGGCACCAUUUCGGACGCCCGAGAAGCAUUCCGGAACGUGUCGAGCAUCGUCCGCGACACGAUCAACGAGGCGGCCAGAGAUCCCGCGGCCAGCAGCACCGCGGCCGGCGACCAGAUGAUGAUGGCAGCGGCCAAUACCGCGGACAACGAGAUCGGCGGCGGGGCGGCGUCCACCACGGUGGCCACGGACCCGAGGAUGGCCGGCCAAACGAUAGGCAAACUGCUCGGCCGCAACUACCGCGGUCUGCGCCGGCUGUUCAACUCCGAACUCCGGUCCGCCGUCAAGAACUCGCCGGGCAAUAUUCGCGAUUUUGCCGUCGAGUUGAUGGGCUCCAUCGGCCAGAGCCUCAGACCGUCCAAUCUGUUUUCUCGGGGCCAGAUAAACGACACCACUACUGCAGCCGGCCGGCGAUAACGACGCAUAGCGAAAAUGUGUAGUCGGAAAACAGGAAAAGCCUAUGUCAAAGUCGGAACCAGUCAGAAUCGUCGGCGACAACCGUAGCGCAGUCUCGACGGUCCACGGCGCGUCGCAGUGACAUAAUAAUAAUUAUAAAUCAUAAUAUUAUGUGGCCAUGUAUUAUUUCGUCUAUAAAUCUUAAGCCAUAUCAUUAUCGUGUGACCGAUUGAAUAUCAUACAUAUUAUAUUUAUCGCUGCAAUACGCAUAUGCGGAUCGAUGUUUAUCGCAUCAGUAAUAUAGUCAUCGUUAGUAAAUAAUAUUAUAUAGUAAUUUGUAGCUUUUGUAUAAUGUAUUAUAAUACUGUUAGAGUACAACUAGAGCGUAUAUAGGUAGGUACGUUCAUUCUUUUUCUGUAAACGCACUGGUCAUAGGAGUCGGAGUGAUUACAUCGUAUGCAUUUAAUAAGUGUAUCGCUCUAAUCCGCCAUAAUAGUCUUAGGGUGUAUGCUGUGCGUACGUAAUCUAUACAUGUAUAAAUCAUUUUUUUUUUUAGUAUUAUUUUUACCAUUAUUAUUAUUAUUAUUAUUAUUAUUAUAUUGUAUUGUUUCACGUAAGACUUAACAUGUUUUACUUAUAAUAAUAUGUAAACAAUUAUAUGAGCGUUUUAGAAUAAUUUUUUUUCGCGAUGUAGUCAUGUUACACGUGAUAUUACUGUACAACGCUUUUUGAUUGAUUAUUUAUUUGAAAUAUAUUAUAAUUGCAUACAAUUAUAUGAGUACAUCACGCUACACGUCAUACAUGAUGAUUGAAUGCUGGAAGGUUAAUUUAAACAAUGGCGAUAUAGUCAUUUUAUACACCACAAUUCGACUAUAUUUAAACACAUAUUAAUUCGAUUUGUUCGUGAGCUAAUGAAUAGAAAAUGUAUUGCAUUCAAACACCUACAUGUUACUCAUCGCCCUAAUAAAAUAUAUCUACCAAAUAAUAAUACACAAUAACUUCUGUUUAAAUCUAAGUUUAGUCGAUUGUUCGGAAUAAGGAAAUAUAGUGUUUUGUUGGAGAGAUCAAAAACUAUACUGUGGAAAAAGAAACAAUGUAUAAUUUACGUUGUCAAUGUUGUCAUGUUUCUUGUAACAUUUAAAUAAUUUUAUUAUCAUACCUGAUUUUAUGCAACGCGAUUGUUUAAUCCCGGUACGUACAUUAGAAACUCCGUGAAAUCUGAAGACUGAGACUAAGUGUUGAUUUAGAAACUAAACUUGAUUUUUAAGGGGAUUUUCAUAGGCAAUAUUAGCGCAAUUUUGUGAGAAAUUUUCAAUUCUAAAUAUAUUUAAAUACUAAUAACUAAAAGUAAGUAACUGUAGUCCCGCGAUUGUUGUUGCGUGAUAUUAUUACGGGAACAUAUUAUUAUAAUAGAACAACGGUUUUUCGUGGGAAAAAAACAGACAAGGCUACAGCAGCUAUAGUUAGCUAAUGUGAAGUCGUUUAGUUUAUGAUGACCGCGGA